ACUCAAAUAUUGCUAAAAUGUGUAAAUGAUCAUUCUAAUUAACGGAGAGCUAUUCGUCUCGUCACGAAUUAUCGAUUUCCGCCAGUCCGAAACCUUAAGAGUUCCUAUAUUGAAACCUAACCUCCAUUUGCAUUAAUGUUUGUGUCAUUCUCCUGUCAAACUUAAUGAUCAAAAAUUUAAAAAGAUCUAUUAAAAAUGUACCAAAACGCUUGCGGGGCAGCUGCUGCGAGUGCCGGCGGUUGUGUUGGCACCGAACGUGAUUGCCACAGUUUAAUAUCCAAAGAACCACCAGUCCCAGCAAUCGAGCACGACUACAGCGGUUUCGACAUCGUCAAAGCCACUCAAUAUGGUGCCUUUGGCCGCGUCAAAGAACUAGUCGAAGCCGGCUAUAACGUCAACCAGCGAGACAGCGAAACAGUGACUUUGCUCCACUGGGCGGCUAUCAACAACCGCAAAGACAUUAUUCGUUAUUUUAUCGAGAAGGGAGCUGAAGUGGACGCUGUGGGGGGCGAGUUAAAUGCAACCCCCCUUCACUGGGCCACCCGCCAAGGCCACCUCGAUGCCGUGGUGAUUUUAAUGAACGCUGGCACAGAUCCGACGCUCAGAGACGCUGAGGGUUGUUCUUGCAUACAUUUAGCAGCGCAGUUUGGACACACGGCCCUUGUGGCGUAUUUUAUCGCAAGGGGGAUUAGUCCCGAUUUGGUGGAUAGGGCCGGCAUGACGCCUUUGAUGUGGUCGUGUUGGAAAGUUUGUAGUUUGGAUCCGACUAGAUUGUUGUUGACGUUAGGGGCAUCCCCGAAUUUGACAGAUCAGCAAGGGAAUACAGCACUACAUUGGGCGAUUUUGGCUAGGAAUACGUCGGCUAUUUCAACGUUGAUUGUUCAGGGACAAGCAAGUCUAAAUGUACCUAAUCAUAGGGGAGAUACACCACUGUCGAUGUUACAAACACAGUUAGGGGCUAUUUGGAUAGGUUCCAAAGUUGCGGAACGGAUUAAAGAAGCGAUAAGUAGUGGGCAUACAAGAAAUAUUUUUACGAAAAUUACUAAAGAUAAGAGAUUACGCUGGUGGUGCAUGGUAGGCACCCCCUUUAUGGCAUUUUACAUCGCUGGUUCGAUUUUAGGCACAAAUUUAAUAAUUUUAAUCAAGCUAUUUCUAUUAGUGUGCUUAUACAUAGUUUUGCAUUAUGCCGGUCAAAUUUUAUACGACGAUAGAUUAAUGGCACUUCUACCUCUUAGUAUUUAUUUAUCAACAAAAUUAUGGAUGUAUUUCACAUGGUUUAUUUAUAUAAUGCCAGCCACAAACAUUAUAACAACAAUCGUCUUCCUAUCUAGUUCAGGAAUAUUAUGGUAUUGCUUUCUCAAGUCAUGGUUAGGUGAUGCUGGUGUUAUUUCAACUUCACAACAGCUGAGAUUUAGGACUAUAAUUGAAUUGGCCGAACAAGGUUCAGGUGGUUUCGAACCGUCGACUUUUUGUUCGUCUUGUUUAGUGAGAAGACCGUUAAGAUCUAAGCAUUGCUCAGUGUGCAAUAAAUGUGUCGCAAGGUUUGAUCAUCACUGUCCGUGGGUUGCUAAUUGUAUAGGUGCUAAAAAUCACAAAUAUUUCAUCGGUUUUUUGGCCAGUUUAGUAAUGAUGUGUUGUCAAAUGUUGUACGGAUCUGUGAAAUUUUGGCAAAACCAAACUACUUGUAACGUCACAACAUCUGAAGGUUAUUGGAAAUUUGUUUUAUCAAUUGCGCAGUGUGACACGUGGGUUGCGUGGGUUGCUGCCAAUACUUUAUUCCAUUGUGUUUGGGUCUUCACAUUGUUUGUUUGUCAACUUUAUCAGAUUUCGUGUCUUGGUAUGACAACGAACGAAAGAAUGAACAGAGGGCGCUACAGUUACAUUGUAAGUAAUGGCGGGAAAAGUCCAUUUUCAAAAGGUCCGAUAAAAAAUAUUCUUGAAUUUUUCGAUUGCACUUGUUUCGGUGUUUUUAAACCGGAAAAUAAAGACUGGUUGACGAGUUACGAUUUAGAUAAGAAUAUCGAACAUCAACCACUUUUGAAAAACAAAGAGAAUUUUCAAUAUGUUUAAAUAUUGAUUUAAAAUAAUAAUCCAAAGCUAUGACUGAGACAUUGAAUGAUUGUCAAUUUGUAAAGUUAGCUCUCUAAGCAGAAACAUUCCUUUUUAUUUUGCAUUGCUUCCGUAAAGUGUCAUGUAAAUAUUUUAAUUGUAAAUACGUAGUUUCAAUAGGAUUCAUUUAAUUGAUGCAAAAAGAGAUCAAUAUUUUUGCCUCAAUUUUAUCAAUCUGCUAAAAGUAUUUUUCACUAUAUCUAGAGACUUAGUAAAAAAUACUUUAAUAAAUAAUGAUUAACUACAAUAAUUCUUAUCACGUACAUGCUGUAGCAUUUUCAAUCUAGUCAACUUUGGCAUGUACUUAGAUAAUGCGAUAAAUGCACCAAAAUCAAGUGUCAUUCUAAUUCAUACAAUUUCGGUGUAAACUUGACAUUUCUUCACUAAAAAAUCACUUAAAUUGUUGCUCUAAAUCAAAAAUAUCACGUUUUUUUUUAAUUGAGUAGACAUUUAGCUAAUAUUUAGCCUUUUACUAGUAUGUUCUUUGCGCGUGUUGGCUUUAUGUGUAAUAAGCUUUAAGCGAAAAUGUAGAUAACAUCACGUUUUACAGUAAUGUUUAUAAUUAAACACUACUUGCAUUGUACAUUGUACCUAUUAUAUUUUGUAUGUAAUAAUUACAUUACAUUCACUAAAA